AUGUCGUCCAAUUCUCUUUCCCUCGAACCAACAGUCUGGAUUCUCCUUAAGGGUGUGUUAGGACGAAGUUCAGAGUACUAUGUGUUUGUACAGAAAGCAUUAGCAGAAAAAUUUGUCUGGAGAUUUGAAGGCACUUUGCUCGGUACUGGGGGAUUUGGAUCGGUCUACUGUGGUACUCUUAAUGACGGGAGAAAAGUUGCUGUAAAAGUAUUCCAUGUACAACUUGAAAGGGCACUCGAGAGUUUAGACACAGAAUGUGAAGUACUACGGAACCUUCGCCAUCGAAAUCUAACCAAGGUCAUCAGCGGUUGCUCUAACAAUGAUUUUAAGGCUUUGGUGCUUGAAUUAAUGCCAAAUGGAAGUCUUGCGAAAUGGUUGCAUUCUCCAAGCUGUUUUCUAGAUAUGAAACAAAGAUUAAACAUAAUGAUUGAUGUGGCAUGCGCAUUGCAUUAUCUCCAUAAUGGUUAUUCAACCCCAGUCGUUCAUUGUGAUCUGAAGCCUAGUAAUGUCUUGCUUGAUCAAGAUAUGAUUGCACAUGUAAGUAAUUUUGGGAUUGCAAAGCUGUUGAAUCAGGAAGAUGGUAUUACACACACUGCAACGAUAGCUACAUUUGGUUAUGUAGCACCAGAAUAUGGAUUGGAAGGACUCGUAUCGACAAAAUGUGAUGUUUAUAGUUAUGGAAUCAUGCUGAUGGAAGUCUUCACAAGGACAAAGCCUAAUGAUGCAAGAUUCAACGGCAAUUCAAGCUUGAAGGACUUGGUGCAAAGUUCUAUGCCUAAUGCUCUAUAUCAGAUUAUAGAUGCCAACUUGUUGCAGGAGGAUGAAGAACACUUUGCAGAAAAGCUGGAUUGCAUAUCGUUUAUCAUGGAAAUAGCUCUAAAUUGCUCAAGAGAAUCCCCAAGAGAGAGGAGCAUGCAAUAUUGA